UCACGGACGUACUAUUGUACACAUCAGAUGUCCAGCAUGCGCGUCAUCGUGGCCAGUAUACUACUGUGUAUGAACUUAACUCCCGCUGUCAACCAUGUACCUGAUCCUCCGAAGCGAGUAAAUAAAGCAGAAGAGCUGUGUGAGCUGGCGGACUCGUGCAUGCACGACACCAUCCCGGUGUGCGGCCGGAUGGGGGAAGUGAGGAGGACCUUCCUCGACCUCUGUGACCUCAUCGAGUACGGGUGUGACACCAACCAGAUCUUCGCUCACGUGGAGGGCAACGCUCAAUGUCCCGAUCCUGAGUACGUCAGACCGAAGCCCAAAGUCAAGAUCCCCAAAAAGGGCAGUCGCAGAAAGCAAUUUAAUUAAAGUUAUUUAA